AUGGCAACAGCCAAUCGUUUUCAAACUCGUGUAUUAAUCCCUGAUAAAACUUCAUUAACAGAUAAUGAAAUUCGUCUUAAUUCACUAUUAGAACAAGCACAAACAUGUUAUCAUACAUUAAAUGAUCUUCAAACAACGGAAUAUAAUAAUAAUUUAUUACGAGAAUCUAAACUUGACAUAUGGUCAUCAAAGAUGUUUGAAAAAAUAAAUGAUUUAUAUAAAUCAUGUUUAAAUGAUUUAAAACAAUCAUAUGAACAAUUAAAUUUAUUUCAACGAUUAAUGAUAAAUAUAUUAAAUAAUGAAAAUGAAAAUAAUCUUGAUGGAAAUAAAUUAUUAACUAUUGAACAAGAAAUAUGUAUAUUAAAAUGUUUAACAUAUCAACUUGAUAUAACAAAAGUUAAAAUUGAAGGAAAAUUAAAAUUAAAUAAAUAUUCUGAUAAUGAUGAAUGUGAAAUAUCUAUUGAUGAUAAUAGUUAUCAAAAUAAAAUUAAUCAAGAAAAUAAUAAAAAAGAUUUUAUUUGUCGAAUUUUAGUACAUACAGAUAUAAUUAAUAAAAUUAAAAAUUUACCACUUGUUCAACAAUUUGUUAAAAUGACAACAGAUCAAAUUAAUCAAACAACACCUGAACGAAUUUUAACAAUUAUAGGUCCUGAUUAUUUAGAUGUUAUUGAAAAAAUACUUUGUAGUAUAUAUUCAUCAUCAUUAAAUCAAUGUGAAUUACGAAUUCUUCUUCAUCAAUCAUAUGCACCAUUAAUACUUGGAAAAUUAGGUGAUCGUUCAAAAAUUUUACGUGAAAAAUAUUCAUUACAUACAUUAACUAUUCAUCCAACAUGUGCACCACAUUCAACUGAACGUGUUCUUCUUAUACAAAGUUUAUCACCUGAGAAAAUACUUUCUUGUCUACAAGAAAUAUUUAUUAAUAUUAAUCAACAUACAUAUGAUGGUGAUGAUAUUUUACUUUAUAAUGAAAUUAAUUAUGAUUCUUCACUUGCUCAUGAAUAUGGUGGUUUUGCUUCAUCUGAAAUAAUUACACGUUCAAAUGAACAACAUAAUCAACAUCAUGAACAAAAUGAUAAAUAUGAAGAACAAGAAGAUGAUGGUAUCCGUCGUUAUUCAGCAUUUGAUGCUUGGAAUGGUUCAGUUGAAGCUGAUACAGAUCAUGAAUUUUCAAUAGUUAAACUUAGUGAUGAUUCAAUAAUCCGAGAAUUUUGGAUAAAUCAUGGUCAAUUUGGUGCUUUACUUGGUCCACAUGGUGUACGUAUUGCACAAAUUCGUUCACAAUGUCGGACAGUUCGUAUUCAUACAGUAGCUGGUUCAUCAAUUGAUACAUGUUCAGUUAAAGUAAUUGGACCUCGAGCUGAUGUUAAUCAUGCUGUUACUUUAAUAAUGCAAUCAAUUAAAGAACAUGAUAGAAAAUUUCCAUUUAAACAUCAUCGUUUUAGUGGACGUUUAAGAUAA